UCUUCCACAGUUCCCCAGUCUUCAAUUCCCAGCCUUUCUUGUGUUCGCAGAUCAAAAUACCAGAGCUUUUCUCUCUGUCUCUCCUUCUCUUUGGGAGCUUGGGAAGGUUCGAUUAUCUGGUCUUAUACUCGACGCCGUUGAAAUGUUUUUUGAUGGAUAUGGGUAUCAUGGGACAUCGUUUGAGCAGACAUACCGAUGUUUCCCUGCAUCCUUUAUUGAGAAGCCGCAAAUUGAAAGCGGUGAUAAAAUUAUAAUGCCCCCUUCAGCUCUGGACCGCCUAGCAUCUUUACAUAUUGAUUAUCCAAUGUUGUUUGAACUUCGGAAUGAUGCUGCUGAGCGGAUUUCUCAUUGUGGGGUUCUUGAGUUCAUUGCAGAAGAAGGCAUGAUCUAUAUGCCUUAUUGGAUGAUGGAGAACAUGCUCUUACAAGAGGGGGACAUUGUUCGUGUAAAAAACAUGACUCUUCCGAAGGGAACCUAUGUCAAGUUGCAACCCCACACAAAGGACUUUUUGGAUAUCUCUAACCCAAAAGCUAUCUUAGAGACAACAUUAAGGAAUUUUUCGUGUUUAACCACCGGGGACAGUAUUAUGGUGGCAUAUAACAACAAGAAGUAUUACAUAGAUAUUAUAGAAACAAAGCCUGCUAAUGCAAUAAGUAUCAUCGAGACAGAUUGUGAGGUGGACUUUGCACCUCCCCUGGAUUACAAGGAACCUGAAAGACCCAUUGCACCUGUUCUUCCAAGCAAGGCUACCCAAGUUGAAGAUGCUUCAGCUGAAGCUGAACCAAAAUUCAGCCCUUUCACUGGAGUAGGGAGACGCUUGGAUGGGAAAACUCUGAUGCAUCAGCCUCAACCAAUUUCUCCCUCAGGGGCCAAAGACAAGCGACUUGAUGCUGCCACCAGUAAUGCUCAGCCUUCUGCGGGAUCUAGUUCACAAAGCAACACUCGUCAGACUCAGGGAAAGCUUGUGUUUGGAUCAAAUGUAAACCGCACUACUUCCAAAGAAACACCAAAGAAGGAAGCUGGAAAAGAGAGUAAACAAGAGCAGCCCCCGAAGACAGAAGAGCCGAAGUUUCAGCCAUUCUCUGGGAAAAAGUACUCGUUGCGGGGUUGAUGAACUUUUAAACAAUCAACUGCUCUUGACUUGUUUUGUUCUCCAUCACCUGUACCUAUAUGGACCCGGAAAUACAACAGAAUUAUGUGUUCGUCUGGGAUGUUGUGUUAUCAAAAGGAUGAAACAGUAGGUUCACAUGUCAAAUGAAGAAAUGAAAAGAAUAACCUCAUUAUCUAUUAAAUCUUGGAA